GUGCCGCAGGACUUACCGUGCGGUGUCGUGCAAUGAAACCAACCGGGACUUCAGCUCAUAACAUCUGCAAAGCAGCAGACACGUAACACGUUGGCUGCAUCAAGCCUUGAACGCUAUUGUUUACUUCGGGGAAAUGCCCCCAAAGCCUUUGCGCCAGCCGACGCGCAAGGAGGCUGUAACAUUACCUCAGAAUGCACGUUUUGACUUUCUGUCAGCGGCAUCAAAGCUUCUUGCAGAGGAGGGUCAUCUCCAAGAUGCUGCAUACUUUGGCGCUCAGGCACUAAAGGCCGCCGAUGCGCCGGGAGCAGCUGUACCUCGCCGGAACGCGCUCCAGCACUGCGAGGUGUGCGGCGUCUUCCUGUCACCGAGUUCCUGCGCCAGUAUCGAGUGUUCCGACCUGAGCGCGCGAAGUCAGCGCAGGGCGGCAGCAGCAGCGGGAGGAGGAGCGGGGUCAGCAGGGGCGCUGAGGGGAGGGCAGCAGCAGCAGCGGGGAGUGAAUGUGGUUGCGGUGGUGCGGGAGUGUGCGUCCUGCGGCCACCGCAACUCGCAGCCCUUCUCCGCCGCCCACACCGCACGCCAGGUGGCGGAGGCGGAGGCGCGAGCGGUGCAGGAGGCCCGGGAGGCCCGCGAACGGCUGCAGCAGCUGCGGGAGCACCAGGAAGCGGAGCGGGAGCAGCAGAAGGCACAAGAAGCGCUAGAAGGACAAACGCAGGAGGAACAGCAGCAGCAAGAGCCGCAACAGCUACAACAGCCGCAGCAACAAGAGGAAGAGCAACCGCAGCAGCAGUCGCUAUCAUUGGAAGCGCAAGACCAGCAGCAACAGCCAGGGCAGGAGGAGCAGCAACAGGAGCAGCAGGCUGAAGAUCUGCAACCGCAUCCUCAGCAGCAGCAGCAGCCGCAGCGGCAAGGACCCGAGGCUGACAUGCAGCAGCUCCAGCAGCCGCAAGUGGAGGAGCAGCAAGCGGCGCUGCCAGGUCAGCCGCCGGCCACGCAGCAGCAGCAGCAGGUCCCACUGCCUCAGCACGCGGCGGGGCAGCAGCCGAGCGGGGGGGCCACACCCGCCAUGGAAGAGACCUCGACCCUGGGGGCUGUCCCCGCGGUGGAGGACCCACCCUCACUCCCGCGUGGGACCUCGACAGCCCUCCCCCCGGGUGCUGCUGACGUCAGUCCGACAGCGGCAACAGCAGCGGCAGGGGCAGGGGAGGCAGCAGAGGCAGCAGCGGAGGCGGAUGCAGCGGUGGGCAGCUUGGAAAGGCAGGAGCAGGAGCAGAGGGAGCAGGAGCAGGAGGAGGAUUUGUUGGAGGCGGCUGUGUUGGAUGCUGCCGCUGAUGCUGUCGCUGAUGCGAUCAGUGCAGCUGCUGCCGCAGGUUUCAGCGCAGGUGCGGGUGCUGCUGUCGCGUGUCAGCUGGAUGCGGUGGUGGAGAGCAGCAGGGAGGUGGAGGCGGAGGUGGAGAUUUCGGAUGGCAGCGAGCGGGGAGAGGCAGCAGCUGGUGCAGCGGCUGCUGCUGCUGUGCUUGCUGCUGCCGCCGGUGCCGCUGCGGCCUUGGCUGCUGGCGCCCGCAUGGCUGCUGCUGAGGAGGCAGUGGGUGAUAAUGCUGGCUGCGAGGAAGUUGAAGGGGCAGUGGCGGUUGUGGUAGCUGGGGUUCAGCGGGAAGCGGAGGAGGAGGAGGAGGAGGGGCCUGUGGGACCUCUGUCGCAGCAGGCGGAGGAGCCGCAGCCGGGACAGGCGGGAGGCGAUGAGGGGGAGCCGUGCCGGGAGGUGGAG